AUGUCCAAAAGUCAACAACCCCAAGGUGCCGGAUCUCUGAACUCGCAAGCCACGGGCAAGGAUCAACAGUCAAAAAAGAAUAAGGAACAAGGAAAAGGCCGAAACCAACAGCAGCAGCAACAGCAUCAGAAGCAGACAGCCAGGAUUUUUGAGCCCUACUGGACACUUGAAGCCGUUAGUGCAGGAAUAAAGAGAGGCGAAUUGGUUGUGGGCCCCAUUAGGAUUAAUCCGAAAAACUAUUUAGAUGCCUAUGUUCCUUCUAAAGAUGGUAAGAGCGAUGUCUACAUUGAAGGAAUGGCUGACAGAAAUAGAGCCCUCAAUACGGAUGAAGUUGUUGUUCAGUUGUACCCCUACUCCCAGUGGAGAGUUUUUGUUGAGGAUUUUGAGCAUUUUGAGAGAACAGUUUCUGCCAGUAGCUUGGAGAGUCUGGACAAAGUCAAUGGUGUCAAACCUAGCAACACAAAUGAGUCAGACGAGGACUCCGGCCCAGAUGUCAUAUUUGAUUCAGACAGUGAUAAUGAAGCAAAAGGGGCUGUGAAUAACUUAAAUCAAGCCGUUAAGGGUUUACAUCUUUCAAAAGUCCCUCCUGAAAACACUCCAGACAAAUCACAAAAAUCUUCCAGCCCGGACAAAUUGAGCCAGGCCGCACUCAAGCCAGAAGGAAGUCUCCAGAAAGUGAAAAGUGCUCCAGAAAACAUUGACAAGUCACCAGCCACGCCAUUACAGAAAUUUGCUUCUAUAUCGUACAUGAUGGAGAAUGGCAGCCCCUUGGCCAGAAAUUUGUUCUGCGGAGGAAAGGAAGGUCACGCAUCUGUAGGUGAUGUCAGCGGUGGAAAGUUUGUGCAGCCUAAAGGCAAGGUUGUUUACAUAGCAGAAAAGAAACAUUCGCGGGCGGCCAGCGGACGCCUCAAACUUAUGCCAAACAGAAACAGAUCUCAUGCCUUGUUUUCUCCAUGCGACAGUCGAGUUCCCAGGAUUAUGAUUCCCAUGUCUGAGUGCCCUAAAAAUUUCUUUGAAAGAUCUGAAGAUUUCUCCAGCACCUUGUACAUUGCCCGGAUAAAACAGUGGGAGGAGACAUCUAAAAUGCCCAAAGG